UUCCUUUUACCUCUGUGUGCAUUUGCAACAGACGAACCAAAAAGAAAGAGAAGCCUUUCUAUUUGUCCACUGUUGAUUUUGUUGUUGCCGAUGAGUCUCUCUCCCCGCCAUUUCUAAUAGUUGAUUUUGUUGAAAGAUACGAGGUUCGCUACUAGCUUGGUCACUGGACCACCUAUAGUUUGGGUGGUUCAUUGAAUGGGGUUUGUGGACAAUUUGCUGUAAAUGGAGUCUACGAGGGUGGUAUCUUCCGAUAAAUCUGGGAUGUGCUCCAUGGAAAAUGGUGAUGUUGCUCCCAAGUUCAAAAGGCGGAGAGUUUCUGCUGUCCGGGAUUUCCCCCCUGGCUGUGGACCAUUGGCUGUUCUGAUUUUUAAACAAAAUGAAAAAUUUGUUGCAGCGAGUAAGGAGAAAAGUGGUGAUGGCUGUCUUGAAAAAAUAAAUCGUGUGGAAACCAAGGGAAAGGAGCCGAUAGAUUCUUCAGAUCAGGUGAAUGGGCAUGGAUUGGUGAAGCAAGAGCCUGCAGGGAUGUUGCUUCCAGAGGCUGUAGGUGCUUUGAAUGAUGUAAGUGUGGUUGGAUCGGUAGGAGCUUCUGUUGUGGGUGAAGCAGUAAAAGCUUUAGAACAUGAAACUGCUGAUGCAUCAGAGAAUCUGUGUAAGGUGGAUGUUGUUGCUCCAGUUGAAAAUUUUGUCCAGCACAAUUAUCCUCCUCGGAGAAGAAUCUCUGCUGUCAGAGACUUCCCUCCAUUUUGUGGACCUAAUGCUCCGCUUCUUAACAAGGAAGAGGCUGCGAAAGUGCUGGUUGUUGUGCAGAAGAAGAGUUUGGAUCAAGAGAAGUCUGGCACCGAAGAAAAUCCAACAAAAGAAAUGGUGAAGAAUGUUGUGAAAGAAAUGGGUAAUGAUGUUAAAGAUGGAGAUCUUAAUGAAAGCAGAUUAGAAAGUGCUUCUAGGAUGGAUGACGAUAAAGUUAGAAUUGAACCUGAUUCUUCUGUGAAUAAGGUGAAGGUAGCUGAAGAGAAUAGACAUGAAAGGUGCAUCAAAUCUCCUCGAGUAAUCAUUCUAAAUCAGCAUGACCUGAAUUCCACGGCAGUCUCUAAAUCAGUCAAAAUGGAAGUUGGUGGUCUAGAAGAGAAUCAGGGUAAGGACCUUACAGUUUACUUGGAGGAUAAAAGUUCCAAGAGAAAGCUUUCAGACCUAUCUGGUGGUAAGAAUUCAAUGUGUAAAGACAAGUUUGAGGUUUUGAAGCUUGCAUCAGGUAGGGAAGUAGUGCAGGGUCUUCCGGCUGAACGGAAUUGUCCAUGGAGGAAGGGGCAGAUGGUGCAUAAACCUACUAUGUUGGCUGGUGAUGCAAGAGAAAGCAAAGGUCAGAAACAUAAUUUCAUAUUGCUCGAACGAUCAAAAUCUGCUUUGAAAACGAAGAUAAAUGAGUUAGGCAAACAUGGAGGAAUUAUGAAAAAGAACUCAUCUCCCACUAUAAAGGUGGAAGGAGGUGUGGGCCAAAAGACUGAAUGUAACAAAGAAGAUUAUCUGGAAAAUGGUGAGGAAUCCGAUGAUUUUCGUGUAGUUGCACGAUCACACAAUUUUGAUGUGAGCCUUCCUCCAUCCUGUCCCACCAUUUCACAUGGCAAAGGUAAUGGCAAUGAUGCAGUCGUUACUAGAAACAAAGUGAGGGAGACAUUGCGUUUGUUCCAGGCUAUCUGUAGGAAGCUCUUGCAUGAAGAAGAAGCAAAUUUCAAGGAGCGAGGAAAUACUCGUAGGAGGGUUGAUUUACAAGCAUCAAAGAUUCUUAAGGAGAAAGGAAAAUAUGUCAACAUAGGUGAGCGCAUUAUUGGUUCUGUCCCAGGAGUUGAAGUUGGUGAUGAGUUUAUUUACAGGGUGGAGCUUAAUAUUGUUGGCCUGCAUCGCCAAAUUCAGGGUGGUAUAGAUUAUAUGAAACAAGAUGGAAAACUCCUUGCGACAAGUAUUGUAUCAUCUGGGGCCUAUGAUGACGACACAGAUAACUCAGAUGUCUUGAUUUACACAGGUUCUGGAGGCAACAUGAUGAGUGGAGACAAGGAACCUGAAGAUCAGAAGCUUGAGAGAGGUAAUCUAGCUUUGAAGAACAGCAUGGAUGCAAAGAAUCCUGUAAGGGUGAUUCGUGGUGAUUCAAAGGGGGCUGAUUCAGUUGAUGCAAGAGGGAGGACCUAUAUCUAUGAUGGGUUGUAUCUGGUGGAGAAGUGCUGGCAGGAAAUAGGGUCACAUGGUAAGUUGGUGUUUAAGUUUAAGCUGGUUCGAAUUCAAGGUCAACCAGAGCUUGCUUGGAAUGUAGUGAAGAAGUCCAAAAAAUUUAAAGUGCGGGAGGGUGUCUGUGUAGAUGAUAUCUCACAGGGGAAAGAGAAAAUUCCCAUUUGUGCUGUGAACACCAUAAAUGAUGAGAAGCCUCCACCAUUUAAAUACACAACUCAUAUGAUAUAUCCUCAUUGGUGUCGCCGUUUGCCUCCCAAGGGCUGUGAUUGUAUUAAUGGAUGCUCUGAAUCUAGGAAAUGUCCUUGUCUGGAAAAGAAUGGAGGAGGGAUCCCAUAUAACUAUAAUGGCGCAAUAGUGGAAGCGAAGCCCCUAGUGUAUGAGUGUGGUCCUUCUUGCAAGUGUCCUCCUUUAUGCUACAAUAGAGUCAGUCAGCAUGGUAUCAAAUUUCAGCUUGAAAUCUUUAAAACUGAAUCAAGGGGAUGGGGCGUGAGAUCUUUAAAUUCAAUUCCUUCAGGAAGUUUUAUCUGUGAGUAUGCAGGCGAGGUCCUUGAAGAGAAAGAAGCUGAACAAAGAACUGGUAACGAUGAGUAUUUGUUUGAUAUUGGAAAUCAGUUCAAUGACAAUUCUCUUUGGGAUGGACUUACAACCCUCAUGCCUGAAGCACAGCCAGAUGCUGUUGUAGAAGUGCAGAACAGUGGCUUCACCAUUGAUGCAGCACAGUGUGGUAACGUGGGGAGAUUCAUUAACCACAGUUGCUCCCCAAAUCUUUAUGCCCAAAAUGUUCUUUAUGACCAUGAUGACAAAAGAAUUCCUCACAUAAUGUUCUUUGCUGUCGAGAACAUUCCUCCCUUGCAAGAGCUCACUUACCAUUACAAUUACAUGAUAGAUCAGGUUUUUGACUCCAAUGGCAAUAUAAAGAAGAAGAGUUGCCAUUGUGGUUCUCCAGAGUGCACUGGUAGGAUGUAUUGAGAGGCUGACUGCUAAUAGUUGGACUCUGAUGAGGCAUUGAUAGUUUUCUCUCUGUAAGUUCCUGAAUGGAUCAUGGAUAUGGGUAUAGUAUCUCCAUAUAAAUAUGUUUGCAUGGUUGGAUAUAUGUGUGCACUGGAGCACAAUCUUUGAUAAGAGUUCGAAUGAUCUUUUGCUUUC